AUGUCAAGUUUUGUGCCUCAGCUUAAGCGCAAACACAUCACGUAUCUUCAUCUGUCUAUCGCCGGAGAUGCCCCCCAUGUGGCAAGUCAUCUUAUCAAGCUUGGCACCGAUAUUUGGGAGCCUGGACAAGGUUUGCCAGACCUGACGCCUCUGUGCCUCGCCGUAGCGCAACCACAGAAUAAAGCAUUGCUUGAUGCUGGCCUUCGAAUCGCUUCCGGUUACUCUCUGCCAAGAACAACAGAGUAUCUUCUGGCUAGGGGAGCUGAUCCGAAUAGGUUGAGUCGUUUCGGGCUGGCUGCUAUUCAUCUCGCAGCCAUGAAAAAGGCCCCAUGGCGAGGUUUUAUGGGAAUUUGUUAUCUCCUAAAUAUGCGAGACGACUCAAACACCAUAUGGGAAUCAAUGUUGAACAACACUAUACAUCAUCUGCUACGCUACGGAGGGGAUCCAAACCUCAAAUCGGCGGUGUCCCGCAUGCAUCAUUGUCAACAUACCUGUUGGCGCUCAGCAGAUUGCAGUCACCGCGGGGCAAGAGUCCUUCAUUUUUCCUGCAGUAGUGGCAACAAGAAUAUGUGUGAGCUACUGCUCAAUAAUAGAGCAGAUUCAGGGUUAUACGAUGAUGAAGGUUAUCUCCCUUUAUUCUCUGCUUUGAGUCAAGACCACGCCGAGAUCUCCAUGUGCCUGUUACAAGGCAAUGUCAAGCCGGCGCACCUAGUCGUUAUACAGACAAGCCAGAGCACAGCUCUUCAUGUCGCCUGUCGAUUUGCUUCGCCACAAGUGGUGAGGUUCUUACUAGAGCGCGGUGCCGAUCCAAACGUCUUUGACUCUCAUGGGAAAACACCCCUCCACGAAGCUGUCUAUCAAAACUGCCCUGAGCUAGAAGAUCGCAUUGUUCAAACCUUACAGUUACUGUCAGACUACGGAGCGUCAGCUGAUAUCAAAUCAGAACGGCACGAGACGGCUCGCGAUAUUGGUAAAAUGUGUCUCCUUUCACGAGUCCGUGAGAUGUUUACGCCCCCCAGCCUCGAAAAGGCUCCAGCUCCUCGUAAUCGUCUCAGAGCUUCUAAAGUCACCUCACCAAUUCCGAAAACUACAAGUGCUGGUGGAAACCUAACGAAACAGCACAAUACUCUACUGGAUGUUGACAGUAACGAUCCAUUUCCCAGCCUAGGAAAUGCCUCGAAGCCCCAUAGCAGUGAUGCAGACUUCAAUAAACCUCGAGCUGUGUGGUUCGACAAGCCGGUAAUAGAACGACUCUUUACCGCCAAACCUCCACCUUCGGGCCUUCGUGAUGCUGCUGCUAGGCAGAUACCGUUGGCGGGAAGCCCCUUGGCUGGAAAGGUGGACAGUAAGCAAAAGGGACCAGAAGCUGUAGAGAACGUGCAGGGGGCCUUUUCAACGUCGGGUUCGGCAAAGUUCUGGAGCUCGCUUUCGCCACAAACUUCCAGAGGCAAUCAAAUCGCGCCAGAAUCAACUGAGGAGACUAAAAAGGGUUGUCACAAGAACAAGAAGAAAAAGUGGAUUUCGUUAGAUGUUCUAUCAUAA